GCAAAGGAGCACAAGUCUGCACUAAACGGCUGACGAAGACUCACUCGCGCUGAGCCAGCCUUCGAGAUCAAGCAUGGCCGGGGGCAGAGCAGUUUUCCAUCGACCCUUACUGCUCGUCGCAGCGACCUGCUGCUGCCUUCUGCUUGCCCUCGCCACAGGUGUUUCAGCUGACGUUCCACAGAACAUUCAAGAGCCAUCUGUAACGGAAUGUAGGGUACACAUAGAGGCAGCUUUAAAACAGGCGAUUCCGACCAGCCCCCAAACGACAACAGAAGAUGCGGACAGCGGAGAGGCUGAUGAUGCUGAAACGAUAACACAAGAAGAGGCUAUAGGAGAAACAACUGAAAGCGAAGAAGAAGCUGACGAGCCAGAGAAUGCAGUUUCCGGAGAAGACCAGGCAGAUGAUGAUGAAGAAGGCGAGGAAGGCGAUGAAAAUGCGACGCAAGAAGAUGAGGAUGAUGAGAAUGAGGAAGAUGCCGACGAUGACUUGUCGGCUAAAAUUAAAGAAAAUAUCACUGCUGAGGAAGACGAUGAAAAAUCAGCAGAGGCGGAUGAGGAAGAUGAAAAUUUGACGACGGAAAAUGAUGAUGAAGAUGAUCAAAAUUUAUCCGCCACGGAAGAUAAUGAUGACGAGGACGAUGCCGAAAAUGACGAGCAAGAUGUUGAUGCAGAAAGUGAAACUAAUGAAGAAGUUGAUGACAAUAUUUCAGCUGAGGAUGAUGCCGAUGAUGAAGAUGAGGACGACGAUGGUGACGAAAACGCAUCAGCGGAAAACCAAGACGAAAAUUUAACUACUGAAAACGACGAGCAAGACGUUGAUGCAGAAAAUGAGACUACUGAAGAAGUUGAUGACAUUAUUUCAGCUGAGGAUGAUGCCGAUGAUGAAGAUGAGGAAGGAGACGAGGACGACGAUGAUGACGAAAACGCAUCAGCGGAAAACCAAGACGAAAAUUUAACUACUGAAAAUGACGACCAAGACGUUGAUGCAGAAAAUGAGACUGCUGAAGAAGUUGAUGGCAAUAUUUCAGCUGAGGAUGAUGCCGAUGAUGAAGAUGAGGAAGGAGACGAGGACGACGAUGAUGACGAAAACGCAUCAGCGGAAAACCAAGAUGAAAAUUUAACUACUGAAAAUGACGACCAAGACGUUGAUGCAGAAAAUGAGACUACUGAAGAAGUUGAUGACAAUAUUUCAGCUGAGGAUGAUGCCGAUGAUGAAGAUGAGGACGACGAUGAUGACGAAAACGCAUCAGCGGAAAACCAAGAUGAAAAUUUAACUACUGAAAAUGACGACCAAGACGUUGAUGCAGAAACUGAAAGUACUGAAGAAGUUGAUGACAAUAUUUCAACUGAGUAUGAUGCCGAUGAUGAAGGAGAAGAAGGAGACGAGGACGACGAUGAUGACGAAAACGCAUCAGCAGAAAACAAAGACGAAAAUUUAACCACUGAAAAUGACGACGAAAAUUUAACGGCGGAAAACGGCAAAGAAAUUGAAGCUACUGAAAAUGACAAUGCCGAUGAUGAAGAUGAGGAAGGAGACACGGACGACGAUGAUGACGAAAAAAUAUCAGCAGAAAACCAAGAGGAAAAUUUAACCACUGAAAAUGACGAAGCAGAUGAUGAAGAAGACAAUGUAACUGCGGAAAACCAAGACGAUAACAUAAGUUCUGAAAAUGACAACAACGAUGGAGAGGAGGAGGAAGACAAUAAGACUGCAGAAGAUAUUGAUGACGAUGAUGCAAAGCAAGAUGAUGAUGAUUUGUCGGCCGAAAAUGCUACAAACAAUGUCUCUGAAAAUUAUGCGGGUGAUAUCAAUAAUGCUGACGAAGAAGAUGAUAGCAAAAAUCUGACAGCGGAGGAAGACGAAGACGCAAAUCUGACAGAAGAGGAUGAUGAUGAAAAAGAUGAUGAUGGCGAGGAGGAUCUCAUAAAAAGUUCAAAUGAGGACAAAGAAGAUGAAAAUUUGACUGCAGAAGAAAACGAUGAGUUUAACGAGGAGGAAGACAAUGAGAAUGAAACUACAGAGGAUAAUGAUGAAGAUGACGACGAUGAAAAGGGCGAUGAGGAAAACAUUGACUUAUCGCAAGAACAAAAUGUAGGGGAUGAUCUUGAUGAGAAGGAUAGUUCUGAAAAAGAAAAUAAUGAUGAAGAAAGUAGAAUAACGACGGAAGAAAAAAUUGAAAAUGAAGAUGAUGAUAUUGAAGAGGAAAAUGAUGAAGAGCCUUCAGAGGCAGUUUCAUCUGAAGCUGAUGAAAAUGGUGAAGAACAAGGUUCUGAGGAGGUGGAAGAGGAAUCAGAAACGCAGGAUGUAGAAGAAUCUACCGAGGAAGCUGAAAAUGAAACGAAUAAUUCGGAGGCUGCUGAGGACGAAGCUGAAUCUGAGGAAACUGAUCAGCCAGAGGAAGGUACUGAAGCAACUGAAUCAGGCGAACAGGAACAGGAGGGAGCUGAGGAAUCCGAGGAAGAUGAAGUAAAGGACGAUGGUGCAGUUUCCGAAGAGGAGAUAGGUGAAGAGGCCACCGACGGAGAAGAAGCUUCAGAAGAGCAAAUCGAAGAUGAUGUUACUUCUGCUGAAGAUGAUGGCGACAAGGAGGCGGUUGAGGAAGGUGAGGGCACUGAAAAUGCAUCGGACGAGGAGGUCGAACAGGUAUCUCAAGAAGUAGAAGACGUUGUAGCUGCGGAUGCUGAGGAAACGGCCGACGCAUCGGAAGAGGAAGGAGAAGACAAAGCAGAGACUGGUGAGGAAUCUGCUGAAGGAGAAGAGACUGUUGAAGGUGAGCAGGCUGCUUCAGUCGAGGAAGCUGCUUCUGAAGAGGAAACCGAUGACAAUGCUUCUAUUGAAAAUGCCGAAGAAGUUGCCGCAGUAGAAUCAGCUGAAGAGGUCACCGAAGACGAGGAGGCAGGCGAUCAAGAAGCGGAGUCUGCAGAAGCUGAAAUUGAGGAACAAGAUGAUAAUGAAGAAUCGAAAGAGGCAGGCGAGGAAGAAGUAGAGGUUUCUGCUGAAGAGGCUGCGGAAGAAGCACAGGAUGAGUCCAUUGAUGAAGAGGGUGUUAUUUCAAGGAAAAGGCGAGAGACUGGGUUCGUGCCCUCUGCUGCUGACGAUGAGGUAGCCGAAGAAGAGAGCGAAGAGGACCAGAUCGAGGCAGAAAAAGACGCAGUAAAUGCAACUGAAGUUGAAAAGGAGCAAGAAGAUAUCAAUCCAGACAUUAUCAUUCCAACCAAUCUACGUCCCAAAGACCAUAUCAACAAAAUUUUGAAGUUGGACUCAGAAUCAGUGGAACAGGAACUUCUGCUAUCAAAGACAAUCGACUCGACUCUGCGCGAGCUUAAACGUCUCUACGAUGGCUCCAUCAAGCCUUUGGAAAUUUUGUACAAAUAUCGCGAUCUCAGCAACAGGCAUUACGGAGAUCCUGAAAUUUUCUCAAAGCCACUGAUUUUGUUCAUGGGUCCAUGGAGUGGGGGAAAAUCUACCAUUAUCAACUAUCUCAUGGAUAUCGAGUACACCAACACUGCUCUUAGGACAGGAGCCGAGCCAUCUCCUGCAUACUUCAAUAUUUUGAUGCACGGUGACCGAGAGGAAGUGCUAGAUGGCACUCAGCUAGCCGCCGACUGGACUUUCUCAGGACUGCAGAAGUUUGGUCAGGGUCUCCUGGACCGCCUAAGGGGACUGAGAUUGCCUAACCGUUUGUUGGAAAAAGUCAACAUAGUCGAGAUCCCUGGAAUUCUGGAGAUCAGAAAGCAAGUGGAGCGUCUAUUCCCAUUCAAUGACGCAUGCCAAUGGUUCAUCGAUCGCGCUGACGUAAUUUUCCUCGUCUAUGACCCUUCAAAGUUGGAUGUUGGACCUGAGACCGAAGCCAUCCUCGAUCAACUCAAAGGCCGCGAAUAUCAGACCAAAAUUAUCCUGAACAAGGCUGAUCAGGUGCGACCUGAGGAGCUGAUGCGCGUCCAGGGCACCCUGAUCUGGAAUAUUUCGCCACUAAUGUCAAGUUCCGAGCCCCCUGUGAUGUACUCGACCAGCUUGUGGGCUGUGCCAUACGAACCCGGCGCACCCACCAGACUGCUCAGGGCACAGGAGGAGGCCUUUUUGAGGGACAUCCGCGAUGCCAUCAACAAGAGGGUAGAGAACAAAAUUGCAAGUGCACGCAGAUUUGCCGUGCGCGUGCGUAAUCACGCAAAGAUGGUCGACUGCUACCUGACCACCUACUACAACCACAAGACCCUUUUCGGAAACAAGAAGACAGUCAGCGAUGACAUCAUUGAGCAUCCGCAAAACUACCACAUCUACGAGGGUCUUAGCACGCUGACCAACAUUUCCCGAUAUGAUUUGCCCGACCCCGAGAUGUACCUCGACUUUUUCAAACUGAACCCCCUUUAUGAAUUCCAAAAGCUGUCGGCCACUUGCACCUACUUCCGAGGCUGUCCGAUCAACAAGCUGGACGUGGCCAUUGCGUACGACCUUCCCGAGCUGGUCGGCAAAUAUAAGAAAGACGUCGAGGAACAGCUGAUCAAGGCCAUUGCAGGAACGGCCGGAACCACCAACCUGAAGAGUUGAACUCUGUGAUCGCCCUGAAGGUCAGUAUAUCAGACAAGGAGGAGCUGAUAGCUACGCAGACAGAAGACUGAUAACAUUGUGAAUAAUUUGUAAUUAUUGUCCAAGGGGCUAGGAGAAAACCCGCCCGGCGCAGGUUCUCUCGUAGCCCCUCACCUUCAUGGUAUCAGGGAAGUGAUCCGAGAUGAUGCACUUCUGUCUGCGGCGGGCUAUCUGCCCAUGGACUAAGAGCGGGUGAAAAAGAAAGUGCCGAGUGUUAAGUGAUGCCAAAUUGUCAGCUUUCAGCGUCAUUAUUUGUUGUUGUUAUAGUUUCAGUUCAUAGCAGCUCAUGCAGUAUUAUUACUAAGUAGCCUCUGUUUAAAACAGUGUUUCUUCGCGUUGUUUAAUUUUAAAUGUAACUCCUUUUUUUCUAAACUCUGUUAUAUUAUGUGAAGAUCCUAUCACAAUCGCUGGUGUAAAUGUCAUUUAAAUUAAAAACCUGCAAUAAAGUCUUCCACUGAAUAAAAAUAAUAAAUAAA